GUUUACACCAAUAUCCUCAACCCUUCCUCCUUAUACCCAGAGAAUACAAUUAAAAGAGUCGCGUUCAUCGCUUUUAAAUCUCUAUACUUGUUCUCGUUUCAUCCGCAUCUCUGCCCAUUUCUCCUCGUUGUUUUCCCUCCUCGUCGUCGCCCUUCACACAAACUCUCACAACUCUCACCCACCUCCAACCUUACUACCACGCAUCUGAUCUCGCACUGACGCGACUGCUUCCUCACAGUUCAAUUCGAACACCCUCACAACAGCCAACUUUCCGAAAAACCCUUCAAUCAAUCAUCAACCACCUCACACCUUACCACCACCAUGCCUAAGGAGACCAAGACCAAGCGCGCCACCAAGCCCAGAGGCGAGAAGAAGAAGAAGGACCCAAACGCGCCCAAGCGUGGUCUCUCCGCCUACAUGUUCUUCGCCCAGGAGCAGCGCGACAACGUGCGCGAGGAGAAUCCCGGAAUCUCUUUCGGCCAAGUCGGCAAAGUCCUCGGCGAGCGCUGGAAGGCCCUCAACGACAAGCAGCGCACCCCUUAUGAGACCAAGGCACAGGAGGACAAGAAGCGCUACGAGGACGAGAAGGCUUCCUACAAUGCUGAUGCCGAGGAAGAGUCGGGCUAA